AGCCUCUUAGAAUCUACUUGAGGAUCAUACAAAGCCGAUCUGUCUCACAAACUGUAAUUGUACUCUAUUUCAACUUCAGAUUCUUGGCCUACCAACUGAGUCUACAAUUGAACUCAUUACCCCUCGUUGCCCUCCCUUCUCCUCGUAGGCUCAAACUACCCCAACAUGACAGAAGCUGGCUCUAAGUCUGUUAAACUCAACAAUGGCGUUUCUGUAAGUAAUCUAGAUUUUACAUCUUUGUUUUCUUUUCUCUCUCUCGCUUGUAUAUUACUUCGCUUUAUCAUAUAAGUUACCCCCUUCGCCAUAAGACACCCCUUCUCGACCACCAAGGCUAUCAAUAAAACCAGGAGACAAUGACUGAUCAACCUAUUAUCUAGAUACCAUCUCUAGGAUUCGGUACCUUCGCCGGUGAAAUAGUCCCAGGUGAAAUGUACGCCGCAAUAAUCGCCGCCCUCGACGCAGGAUAUAGACAUUUGGAUAGUGCCUGGUUGUUCGUACCCUUUUCCAUCCCCUCCUAUUUGAUUUAUCUAUCAAAAUCUCACAUCCCCUUGAAAAAAAAAAAACAGUUACAAAAUCGAAUCCGAAGUAGGCCGAGCGCUCAAAGACUGGCUGGAUGCCAACCCCAAGUACAAAAGAGAAGAUAUCUUCAUCACGACUAAAGUUUGGCCCCAUCUCAUGGAGCCCGAGGAUGUGAAAUGGAGUUUGGAAACUUCUUUGAGGGAUAUGGGAAUUGAUUAUGUGGAUGCGUUUUUAUUUCAUUGGCCGUUUGCGGUAGAGAAGACGGAGGAGAGGGAGGUAAAAAAGGAUAAGGAUGGGAAGGUAAGCCAACUUCCUCUCAAAAUAAACCAUAGAGUUUAAAAAUGUGACGCGAGAAGUCAUAAUGAUGAGAUCUAACAAAAAAAAAAGUACAUCCUAAACCACGAACGCACAUCCAACCUCCUCCCAGCGUGGCGCGCAAUGGAAUCCCUCCAAACCUCAGGAAAAGCCAAAACCAUCGGGGUAUCCAAUUUCACCGUCGCACAUCUAACCAAUCUCCUCUCCUCAGCAACCAUCAAACCAGCCAUAAACCAGAUCGAAAUCCAUCCCUAUUUCCCCAACACGGCGCUUGUGGAUUUCUGCCUUGCCAACGAUGUGAUGCCGGUGGCCUACUCACCUCUCGGAUCCCAAAACACAAAAACGGAUCGGUCCGUUCUGGCGGAUCCGGUACUGCAGGAGAUGGCGCGGGAGAAAAGGUGUGAGGUGGCGCAGAUCUGUAUUGCGUGGGGGCUGAAGAGGGGAUACGUGGUGAUUCCUAAAAGCGGAAAUCCUGCGCGGGUACGGAAGAAUUUUGAGGUUGUGGAGCUGAGUGAAGAGGAGAUAGAGAAGGUGGGUGGGGUUGCGAAGACGCUGGGGAAUGGAGAUGUGGGGAAGCGAUAUGUGAAUCCAGUGGGAUUGUUUGGAUUUGAUAUUUGGGCUUUUUGGGAGAAGAGCUGAGAGCUCAAGAUAAUUAGGAAGGGUGAGGCGAAGCACAAUGGACUACCUCGGGCUUAUUUUAGAGACUGAAGCUUAUAUUUGCCAGAGGACCUAUUCUACCUCUGAUGAGGUGAGACGGCGUAGAAUACGGCAUCAUAAUCCACCAUGAUCGAACAAUGAAGGCGAAUCUCGCUUUUUGCAGUCUCUUCCAAUGGCUACGAAAUCAAGCCUCACGUUCACUUGCAACUCAGAGAGACUUUAUGUAGAAUAAGCAAAAAUAAAAAUUCCUAUAACGC